AUGAUCUCCUUGAGAAACUCCGGCAUUGCGUUCCUGAUCCUUGUGGCCAAUGUCCAGGCUGCUGUUUCAUCCACAGGGUUUACAGUCUCACUGACGGACAUUGACUACUUCCUCCCUCCUAAGCCCGUAGCAAUCAUCGCCGGCUGCGAUCAGAUCAAGGCUGCAUUUGCGGAUGGGCCGUUUGUCCCAUUCACUGUUGUCAAGAUAGCGGAUCACUGCACGUUGGAUGUAUCAUCUAUCACAGCCAAGUACACGGAAGAGGACGAUGUUUGGCAAGAGGGUUUUCUCGAUGCAUUAUAUGUAAAAGGUGGCAGCGUGUGCAACAUUUCGACAACCGUUAUCACUGGUACAGUAUCUGGCGAGCUGAAGCCCGGACCAUACUUCAUAAACGCCGCCGGUCAAGUCUACGAGGCAUGGCGACUAUAUAGCGAUGUGACAGGUGCUUUCACCGAAUCGGCAAUUGCCAACGGUGACGGAUCGUACUCUGUGCUUCCUGCGGGGAUUAUGGGACAAAAGCUGGCCCUGGCCGUUCCAUCUCGUCUCUACUUCGAGAAGACUAAUGCAAAGCCACUAGCUGGUGUUCGUAUCGGCAUCAAGGACAUCUACGAUAUCAAAGGACUGCGCACUUCCAACGGCAACAGAGCUUGGUACUGGCUGUACCCUCCCGCUAUGAGCACCGCCACUCCCGUUCAGAAUUUGAUUAAUGCUGGUGCCAUCAUUGUCGGCAAGAUGAUCACUUCGCAGUUCGCCAACGGAGAGACAGCUACUGCUGACUGGGUCGACUAUCACGAGUCAUUCAAUCCUCGUGGUGACGGUUACCAGGACACCUCGUCCAGUUCUGCCGGCGGCGGUGCAGGUACAGCUGCAUACGCUUGGCUCGACGUCUCCCUUGGAUCAGACACCGGCGGCAGCGUUCGCGGCCCUUCGCAAGUCCAAGGACUUUUUGGCAACCGCCCAUCCCACGAUCUCGUCACCCUCGAGCACACAAUGCCCAUGGCUCCCGUACUCGACACUGCCGGCCUCAUCGCCCGCGACCCACUGAUCUGGAAAGCCGCCGCCCAAGCCAUGUACGGCUCCAAAUUUACCGCCAGUAACACCUACCCAUCGAGCAUCAAAACUCUCGCGUGGCCCACAGAAGCCGACAGCGUCGCUAACAAGCUCCUCAUCGACUUCCUGGCAAACGUGACUGACUUCCUCAGCGCCAACACAACCGCCUACAAUGUGACAGCGUCAUGGGAGACCGACAACCCCACCCUAGAGCCUCUCUCAGCAAUGAUGAACCUCACCUACGCAAUCCUAAUCACCAAGCAACAAACUGCUCUUGUUCGUGAGCUAUUCUUGAAAGACUACGCAGCUAAAUACGACGGCCGCACACCGUUCAUCAACCCGGUCCCGCUGGCGCGCUGGAGCUGGGGCGACAAUCAGACGGCAACGCUCGAAGAGGGUAUUGCGAACAAGACCGCUUUCAUGGCUUGGGCGAAUAGUACGUUCCUUACUCCCUCGGCGGAGUCGUGUUCAGAGAGCUUGGUGAUGUACGUGGGUUCUACUGGACGCACAAACUACCGCAACGUAUACUUGGAUGAGCCCGGUGUGCCGCUGGGCUGGGGCAACAGCCGCAUUUCCAUUUUCUCUGAGGCGCCGGACUUCGUCGUACCCAUCGGCGAGGCUCCUUACAACUCAACGAUUACGAAUCAUGUGGAGUACCUGCCGGUCACGGCCAACUUCAUGGCGGCGAAGGGGUGCGACGGUAUGCUCUUCAGUCUGGUUAGUGAUAUGCAUGAGGCGGGGAUUCUUAAGAAGGCGUUGGCUGGGAAGAGCGGUGUCACAGGAGGUGAGACUUUGUACAGAAGAGGCCUUUAA